UCUGUGUCUGCAGUGGGAGCUGGUGAGGUGUGUAACUUUGUCGCCUACAUGUUUGCUCCUGCCACCCUGGUAACUCCUCUUGGCGCUCUGAGUGUCCUCAUCAGUGCAGUUCUGUCGUCCCACCUGUUGGGGGAGAUGUUGAACGUUGUGGGGAAGCUUGGUUGUUUGCUCUGCAUACUGGGAAGCAUCUUACUGGUUAUCCACGCCCCACAGGAACGGGAAGUGACAUCACUAGAGGACAUGACCAACAAGUUGCUGGAGCCUGGUUUCCUGGUGUACAUGUCGGUGGUGUUGGUGCUGUGUGCUGUGCUCGUGCUGUAUUUCUCUCCACGGGUCGGUCGCUCCAACAUCCUCAUUUACAUCAGCAUCUGCUCGCUGCUCGGAGCCUUUACCGUCUCCUCUGUGAAGGGCCUCGCCAUCGUCAUCAACACCGUGUUUUAUGAUAUUGCAGUGCUCGCUAAUCCCCUUACCUGGAUCCUGUUGCUAACUCUUGUUGUCUCCAUAAUAACACAGGUGAACUACCUGAACAUCCUGGACACCUUCAACACCCUGCUGGUAUACCCCAUCUACUAUGUCCUCUUCACCUCUGUGGUUCUGUGCUCCUCCAUCAUUCUUUUCCAGGAGUGGAGGAGCAUGGCCAUCGUGGAUGUGGUCACCACGCUGGGAGCCUUUGUUGUCAUUGUGGUGGGCGUGGCCAUGCUCCACUUCUUCAGAGACCUGCAGGUAACGAUGAAAGAGCUGACCAAUCAGCUGACCCUCACGGUCGAGAGGGAGGAGCUUGCAGGCGAGGUUUCUGCCAAUGUACAACCAGGAGGAGCUGCAGGAGUAGCUGCAGGAGGAGGAGGAGGAAGAAGUAGAAACACAAAAGAAGAUAAAUAUGGACUGAUGGACAACAUGAUGAUAGAGAGUCUUCCUCCGAUGAGAGAGGAUGGACCCAGAGUCUUCAUCAUCAGCUGAAAGAAAUGUGAAGAAGAAACAGAGACACAGGUUUGUGUUUCCUCACUGGAUUUCUAGUUCAGACUGAUCUGAGGUGGAGUCCUGACUCUGACUGAUGCUGUGCAGUAAUUUAAAGGUCCAGUCCUCUAGUUUGACGACGUUACAUUUUAUCACUGAGGUCCAUCAACUUUUCAAAGACUUUUCAUCACUUCAUGUCUGUUGCAUCUUAAGAAAAAGCAAUGACCAGCUUUUUAAAUGUUAAACAUUUUAGAUUCUUCAAUUUAUUUUUAUGGAGUACCUUUUUCCACAAAUACAUAGUAAGACCUAAGGGAAAAAAAUAGACGCAGAAGUAUAAAAUAUGUUCACUAAUGUUCUUUGAUUAUAUUUCUGUUGACUACUUUAAAAUGAAAAUAACAACCAAUAAAUCACACAUCAAAACAUAAAUAAGGUCAACAAUUUAAAAUAAACAUGUACACCUGCUGUGUUAAAACCAGUGACUAAAAGACUCCUUAAGGCAAAGACGUUGUGUACACAUUUACAUUUUAGAAUAAACAGUAAAUACAAACAAUAAUGUCUAAAACCUGUUGACUGACAACUAAUUGAAUUAGUAUUUAUGAUUAUUAUCAUUAUUGAUCGUGAAGGUUGAUAUAUCAGGUCUCAAAAGGCUACAGUGUUCAAGGAAGAGUUCAGUAAGAAGAAUUAAAAAGUUAGAAGACAGUAAAAACAUGAAAAUUAACAAAAUGAAGAAUUCCCAGUUAAAACAAAUCAUUUCAAAAACACAACAAUAACAAUAAGUAUGGACUGUCAAUUUCCAAAAUAAUAUUAUCAAGUUGAUUACAUUUUCCACAUAUCGCACUCAUAUGAGUAAGCUCCUUUUAAAAUGAGAAAUAUUGUUAAAUUUGAUUUAAAAAUGCUAAAAGAGCUACAAAGUGAUGUCAAAGACAGAAUUAGAGAAGAACAGCUUAAAAGUUAUAAAAAUGACUACAAAGAAACAAAAUACUAAAAAUGAAAAAUCUCUUGUAAAGACUCAAACUAUAUCGAUGUCCUGAUGCCACCUGAUACCUUCUUCUUCUGGAGAUUAGUUGUAAAUAAGUAAUGAGCUGUAUUUUGAAGUGUCUCACAAACAGGUAGAAGUGUAACUGUCAGCAGGGUGGAUGACAGUGCAUGUUGGGGGGGGGGGGGGGGUGUCUCUCUUCCCUUCUCCCACAUGGUUGCAGGGAUAGGACAGGGAAAAAAUGUAUGACUUCACUCUCUUUUCAGGAAGUCUUUUCUCCACAAUGUAUUUACUAGGGCUGUCAGCAUUAAUGCAUUUAUUGCCAAUAAUUAAGGUCUGAAAUUAAUGCUUUUAAUUAUUUUUUUCGCGUUCAUUGAAUGCUAUUUUGAGCCUUUAGACACACCGUACAACUGCUGAGCCUCUGAAUGAAUGUCUCAUUUCACUUUAAUACAAACAAACUGCGUUACAGCUUAGUUGAGGAGUCAAAAGUAAUAUCCACCUUUAUGACAUCAAACAUUCUCUUUUACUGUUCCCUUUAGUGGUUUUAAUUUAGUUUUCAAUCUGUAACAAGUCCCUUUUUCUGUGGUUAAUUAUUUUAUUUAUUUAAUUUGUGACAUUAAAUGAAUGGAACAAAAUAUUUAAUUGUCAACUGGUUCAAACUAGAGGCCGUAAAAUCAAACAGAUAUGGGAAUUGGAAUAGAUUACUGUCUAUGAAGGAAACGUAUUAUCAGGCAUGCACACUUGUUGUUAGACUGUAAGACUGUGGUGCAGAGUGAGAUAUCUGUACUUGAUGUGUUUUUGUGAUGUUCUUAUUUUUCUGCAGAUUAAACUAGGGUUGUCAGUUUUAGAUUUGGAGUCUAUUUUAGGAAAAAUCAAUCAAUGCAUUCUUAGACACCAUGGCAACAAAAAUAGAAAUCCUAUAGGUACCCAAUAUUGGGUCAGUUCUUGUUUUUAAUUACCAACAAUUGGAGGCAAACUCCUGCACAUUGUCUCAAUUGCUCCAGACUUAACUUCUCUCUGCUGACGGCUGGAGUCUAUGAAGCAGCCAGAUGACAUUAACACACACUGAUCAUCAUUCAGUUUUACCGUUUUAUCUUGCAGCAAAGGGAAACGGAAAAAACAUAUACUGUACAAUACAUCGCAUGAGGUGAAUAAUAAAACUCAUAAAACAACUAAUCUGAAACCCAAACAAUUGGGACCACUGUUUCCAGUUUCCAAUGUGUGACACUGACAAGUUGUGUACACACUGAAUGAUGAUCAAUGGACUGUGUGCAUGUAUAAUGUGUUUGUGUUUCUGUUGCUGAAAACUUUUUGUCUAUGAAGCUCAGAGGAAGAACCUAAAUAAAGACUCACUUUGUUCUUAAUUAAA